AUGAAAGCUUCCAAAGUUGUUACCUUUAAUAUCGCCCUAGCUGCUGUUGCAGCCGUUGCUCAAGAUGAGUCUACCACUUACGGCAGGUUUGACAAGACCUCUGAAACUCCUACCCCAUCUGACAGCACUUACGGAAGGUUUGAUAAGACUUCCGAAUCUCCAAGCCCAUCGGAUCCCAACUACGGUAGAUUCGACAAAACCUCUGAGUCUUCUUCGUCAAGCGAUUCUACAUACGGAAGAUUUGACAAGACACCUAGGACGACCUCUACUUCUGAUUCUACCUACGGCAGAUUUGAUAAAACUUCCGAGAGUUCUUCAUCCACAGACUCCACCUACGGUAGAUUUGACAAGACUUCCGCUAGUCACGAAAAUGCAGCUAUCAUUGGCGCCACUGGUGCAUUUGGAGCUACUUUUGGCGGUGUUUUCGUCUUAGGCGCCAUGAUGCUACUUUAA